GUAGUGAGUGUGCAACUCACCAGUGACGGUAACCUUUCUUGAUGCCCAUUGGGAUUUAUGUCUCCGGCGCUCAUUAGUGAGUUAUGAGCUUAAAACUAAUUGUGUGUUUUCUGUGCUUCCCUUCUAAUAUUGCCAUUAUAAGGGAGUGUGCGCGCUGUGAUAGGAAGGCCUAUAUUUGUAAGUGUAUGAUAAGAUUACUGUACUUCAGUGCGAGGGGGAAGCUGGCACACUCUCCUCCUGCUGAAUGCGCUAGACAGCAGUGGGGCUCCAGUUGGCUGUGCGCGCUCAGACGCACAGACGCAAGCAUCCCACUGGUUGGAGUUGGAGGACACUCGCCCGUUUCGCUUCCACCGCUGCUCUGAUCCCGUGUCUUUGUCUCCCGGCGGUGAGAAGACCACCCGCACGGGAGAGAAAGAAAGAAUCACUUCUCUCUUUUUUUUGUGUGUGUGUGUGUGUGUGUGUGUGUGUGGUCUACUAAGAGUCAGAGAAACUGCAGAAUCGGGACUGGACACUUUUUGCAGGGGAAAUUAUUUCUCGCAUGAGGCGAGCCGGUUCUGUUCUGUACAGCGGAGCGCACACUACGUCUUUUCAAUGGAUUUCAAUACAGUGGAAGUACCCUGGGAAUUAAACUACUGUUAAGUCGCUUUUAGUUCGCAAAUUUCGUUCCAACAAGGCUUUAUGUUUCACAUGGAGAGGAAGACGAUGAUCCUCGCAGUACUGUAUGUCCUUCUGCCUCUUUUAGAUGUGUUGUCUUAUGCCGAGGAGAACCUGCGUGCUGGGGCCACCCGGCUGGACUGUGUGAGGGCCAGUGAGCAGUGCCUGAAGGAGCAGGCGUGCAGCACCAAGUACCGCACGAUGAGGCAGUGCGUGGCCGGCGGUAAGGAGAGCAACUUCAGCAUGGUGGCCGGCCUGGAGGCCAAGGACGAGUGCCGGAGCGCCAUGGACGCGCUCAAGCAGAGCCCGCUGUACAACUGCCGGUGUAAAAGGGGCAUGAGGAAAGAGAAGAACUGCCUGCGCAUCUACUGGGGGAUCUAUCAGACAUUACAAGGUAAUGAUUUCUUGGAGGAUUCUCCGUAUGAACCUGUGAACAGCCGUCUAUCUGACAUUUUCCGCCUGGCUCCCAUCAUAGAGGGUGGGGAACCUUGGAGCAGCUCCGCCACUUCAGCUCCAGGCAGGGGGGGCGCCCAGGGCAGGGUAUCCCAGGGCAGAGAGCCAGCUCUGGGUAGAGGGAGCCCCUCCUCCACGGAACUUCAGGAUCCCAGUAGAAACAGGAGAGCUCAUCCCAAUUGGGCCAUACUGGGUGAGCCUGCAGUGGCCAGAGAGAAUAAUUGUCUGAAUGCUGCCAAGGCCUGCAACCUGAAUGACACAUGUAAGAAGUACCGCUCGGCCUACAUCAGCCCCUGCACCAGCCGCGUCUCCACCGCCGAAGUCUGCAACAAGAGGAAGUGCCACAAGGCCCUGCGGCAGUUCUUUGACAAGGUUCCUCCGAAGCACAGCUAUGGCAUGCUGUUCUGCUCAUGCCCGCUUAGCGACCAGACAGCAUGUUCUGAACGCAGGCGUCAGACAAUCGUCCCUGUCUGCUCGUACGAAGAAAAACAGAAACCCAACUGUCUGGAACUGCAAGCCUCCUGCAAGACCAACUACAUCUGCAGGUCACGACUGGCUGACUUCUUUGUCAACUGCCAGCCGGAGCCUCGCUCGCUGUCAGGCUGUCUGAAGGAGAACUACGCAGACUGCCUCCUUGCAUACUCGGGUCUGAUUGGUACCGUGAUGACUCCUAACUACCUGCGCUCACCCAAAAUCAGCGUCUCUCCGUACUGCGACUGCAGCAACAGUGGCAACAACAAGGACGAGUGUGACAAGUUCACUGAGUUUUUCACAGAGAACACCUGCCUCCGUAAUGCCAUCCAGGCCUUUGGGAAUGGGACAGAUGUGGGAGUGUGGCAGCCAAUGUCCCCUGUCCAGACCACCACAUCCACCACCACCCCCUACCAGAGGAACCGCGAGCGCAAUCCCAACACCAUCGACAACAACAUUAACACAGACCCUGGCAUCUACCACUUCUGUGGCAGCCUACAGGCUCAGAAAUUGAAGUCUAACUCAACUGUUGAUGGUGUCUUCUGUGUGGACCCUCAGAUAGACGGUCCAAGUACGUCCAACACCAUCCUGAGGAACUCGGCUGUCUCCAGACGGCCUGCAGGCCUGGCUUCUCUGCUGCCCCCGCUGCUCUGGCUGUGGUACUGCAGCCUGCUGGCGCUCUCCUCGCCGGGCAUCUUGUAGCCUCGCCGCUUCACAGCAACAAACUACAACGGACUGACAAACACACAUUUGUAUAAAAGAAAAGGCAAAACAAGAAAUUAUAUCCUUUCUUCUCAGUAACAUCUGUUGUAUUUUUAUUUCCCUCUGGAUUCUAGCUCUCUUUUGAUUCCUACUUUGAUUUUUUUAUGAAUUUUUGAGAAGCUUUGUUGUUUUAUUGUUUUUUGCAUUGCAGCUGUGUGCUAAAACGGUGAUCUACUAUACGUGUUAACUCAAUUUGGCUGUGUGUUCGCCUUGGGGUAGUUGGGGAAAAAAGGGAUGUAAAGCUUCCGUGUUGCUCACCUGGGCAGAAAUGAGACAAUACUCAAGGACAACAUUCCAAUAAACCACAGCUGGUGGCUCUUGGAAAGGUACACACAAUGUAAAUUAACAUCGAUUUUCGGAGUCGUCAAAUCAGUUUUCACCCACGUCUGUUUGUGUGUUGAGGCUAUAGGUGGGAUCUUUUGCUUAAAAGUCACAGUCAGUUCAGUAACGGCUACAUUUUAUCACUUGGGCAGCCUUUUAGGUGUUAUUCGGUCUCCUCUGUGGUUUGUGUAUGUUUUGAUAAUGACGUGAUCUGGUAUUUUACAUUUUUAUGAAAGGUCCACAUGGAUAUUUACUUCACUUGAAAGCCUUUUUUUUUCAGGGUGAACACCAAUAAUUUAAAAUAUCAGAGAAGUUAGAACAUCUGCGCCCAAAACGUCUUUACUGUAGCUCAUACUGAACACACAUCGCCGCAGGCAAAAGCACACAGGCAAAGACCCACAAACACAUACUGCACAUUUUCACACAUUCAGACAACACACACAAAAACACACACAGCGCCAGGCUUUCUGCUCCCUUUUUUUAACACCUGGUUUUUGCCAACAGAGUGAUACUCAGAGAUCACAGGACAGUAGGUUAUACGCUGCUGUGGAUGGCUGAAUCCACUCUACUCAUUAGUGAUUGUACAUACUUGUAAUUGUUAGAAGUCCGGGCCAUGUUCAGUGUUUUUCUGUGGAAGGUGACAGAGAAGCUGCUGCAGUUUCACCUGAACAUUUUGUUUUAUUUUUUUAGUUUUGAUGUACUUUGCUGCACUGCGUCCACAAAAACAAGAGCUGAGGAAAUAAGAAUAGGCUUACUGUUGUAGAGUAUAUUCAACGAGAAACUCACACCUCCAUUGCUGCAAAGCUCAAAGCAUCCUUUUCUGUCAGUUCAGCAUUACGAUUUAUUGCCUCAAUUGUGAAACUGUCGACGCGUGUUUGGGGAGGGAGUGAUCGCUUGAAAUUGACCAUUUGCUAAGCCCUUAGUUACUGUCAUGACAACUGUAAAAUUUCGUAUUCUGGCGUAGCAUGUAUGCAGGUUACCAUACCAAGUGGCAGAGUCGCUACUCGAAAUUGGUAGUAAUUUCUAGAAUAAUUGGCCUUUGAUUUCAGAUAGAAGUAGACAAAAGCACACUUCAGAAUUUUUGCUGGUGACCAUCAUUUAUUUGACGGCUAAAAGAACAACUGUCGACUGUAGCUAACUCAGAAUGGAUUUCUGUGUGCUGAUUGGAAACCUUCUCCAGCUGACUUACACAGCUUACUACAGCUGACCUAUUUGAAAAUGAGAACCCUGAAUCGUGUUACGCAUUUGAUGCCUACAUCGAAUGCAAAUCUUUCUAACUCAGGACCGCGAUAUAAGCAGUGGUAAAGCUUAGAAUGUAGAUCCCAGGCAAACAGUCAUCAUUUGAUGACCCAUGUAGAAGACAUGGAAAUAAAGGAGCAGCAUUGUUGUAUUGCAGGAUAGAGCUAGUUAGCACUACAGCAUUAUAAGGAAAAAUGUAAGCUUAGGCUGUUAUUUUAUUAUAAUGUAAUUCCAUUUAAAUGGUUUUAUACAAAAACAUACUUGGACAAGCAACACAAAUGUGAGAAAAGAGAAACGGCUUGCGGACUAACGGAUGGGUUUGAUAGCGGUAUCCUGGGUAAACAUCCUCAAACUCAACAAAGAGCAGGACAGACCCGAGACUCUAGUCGCAUUGGAGCGGCUGCCCCGCAGUGGAUGUUCCAGGCUUUUUCUAACAUAACUUGGAACUCAACACAAAAUAAUGUAGUUAGCUAUGAUACGCUCCUUGGCUUUGGAAGUAACGCUAUUGUACUACUCUAGCUAGAAUGGCAUUUAGCCAGGUGUGCUAACAUUAGCAGCUAAGAACUCACAGUGUUUAACCCAUUCCUUGCACUUCUGCUCUCGCAUUUAUGGUUGUGGAAAGGUGAAAAAACCGACACCACCCUUCAGGCUUGUUGGAUACAGACUAUGGCUCUUUUUAGUUGCCCCGUGAACACCACUACAAAGCUUAAAAAGCUGCUUUGCCGAGUCACAGUUGCCAAGUUUCGAUCAAAGAAUCAUUGUUUGGGGGAGGGGUUUAGCAAAUUCUGUCUUUUUAUGAACCCGACUCAAGCAAUCAUGCGACAUGUGACCUAAGUACUGUAUGUAAAUCGUCAAAGCAUUCUGUACUGUAUGUCGGCUCCCGAGGACUGCUGGGAAAAUUAGCCACAGCAUUGCAAUCACGUUCAGCUCUCUGAUGUAGACGCAUCUGUUUUCAUCAGCUUUUCAGAUGGAGGCAUAUGGUUUUUGAAUUCUCCCCACAGGAAAUACAAGCUUUUUAUUUUGACAGACUUCCCGACAACACAUGAUCAAGACGUUUACAUACAUCGCUGCGGCAUGUUCAGCAAGUUACUUUAGCCAUUUGGACACUGACAGGAGCAUUUCUGACACGCAGCUUGGGUUUAUGUAGCUUCUCAAAACAUGAUUAAUGUAUAGUAGAACUUAAAUGUUAUUUACCGAGCAUAAACAUGGUAUAUGCACUGUAUGUACUUGGCUGAAACUAUAAAUUGGACAAAUAAAUGUCUGAUGAUAUUCUAUUCCAGAGCAUUGUGAGCUAUUUUGACAUUCAGAUACAGUACAACAUAGAGUACAUUGAAUAAACCAGAAUACUGUUUUUUUAUAACAAAUUAUGUGUAUAUUUCUCCCAGUAUGUACAUGAUUAUGGAAUAUUAUUGCAUCUGAGAAAGAGGAUAUCAAUGUAACUCUCCUACUGUAGUUAAAUAGCCCCAUUUAUGACAUUGCUUAAAUAUAGUAUUGAUUUUUUUUUUUUUUUGGCUAAGAUUUGAACUUAUUUUUCUACCUUUUACUAAUUUUUUGCUGUUUUCAUGAGCUGAAGUGAAUGAGAUGGACCAGCCAUGGAUAGCUCAUAUUUAAAUUUUUUAAGACUGUUCAGUGCCGUUACGGUAAUUUUUUUUUUUUACUGCUGAAAUAAUUAUGGUGACAAUAACUAGAAGUUGAGCAAGAAAGAAAAUUGGCAUUGUAUGCUGAUUGAGAAGGAAAUAAAUUAAUGUUUGAAGACAAAUACAUUCUAUACAGUACCAAUGAAGGCUUUUUUUAUGGUAUAUUUGACCAGACGUGAGCAAGUUGGAAAAUUCCCACAGACUGGAUGUGUGCAUUUUGGAUGGAAAGUUAGAGAGAAAUGUUAUGAGCUGCUACACGACAAAAACCCUUAACUGGGACUGAUUACAUUUCUCAGAACUGUGUCUUACAGUAUAUCUGAUCAUUUUAUGUCUGAAUCCCAGUGUCAUAUCUUCAUUGGCCCUGGAAUAUGAGAUAAAGUAAAGUUUAUUGAGGUGGAUCAGUGCUUCACCUUUCUUUGAAGAGUUCCUCCGAGCUCAGAAGGCCUCAAAACUAGGGACACCUCCGAUGUAAGGAUCCCACUUUUGGACAAAAAAGUUAAAGAUGUUACAUAUGUUUGCUGUCCAUCUCCAUCCCAUCUGUUGUUUAAAAAUACCAAACAUGGCUUUUUGGAGAUGCAGACUCCCUCUGAUAUCUGGCAUCAUUAACUUCUUAGCUUGUGAAAAUGUAAAAUCUAUUGUACAAAAGUUAUGAUUAAAAACUGUUAAAUCA